AUUAUCUACUUCAACUCUCCUUCGCGUCGACUGUUUCCUGGAUGAUGGAUUGAUUGUCACAACCCUCUGCGACCGCUUUACUUCCUUAACAAACUUGGCGCCUACGACGCGAUCUUUGACCAAGAGGACCUGGUACCUGAGAUAUCCAGGAGAAGAAGGCGCGAUCCGCUUGGCCGACAACCCUUUCCCAUGCCAGCAGCCGCCUCUAACAGUGUCGUCGAAUUGACCAUAUCGACUUGUCCUUUACACGGGCAGCCAUCUCGCGCGGGAAAUCCCCAUCAAGGCCUUGAGGCUUUUAUAAGCGCUCCGUCAGGAGAAACUGCGACUCGACCACCUUUCUGUCCCGGCGCAGUAUAAGAGCGUUAGAUUUAUUUGCACCACAGUCCAUCGCCGCUAGACUCAAUACCCACUUCGUCAUGCUGCUCUCUCUUCUCGGGCUAGUCGUACUAUUCUAUGUGUUAUGGACGCUUCACGAUCUCUUUCGAAAUUACAGAAUUGCGCGAACGAUUGCUUUUCCAAUAGAGAUACUGCCAGUUGACUUCCUCAACGUUCCCUUCCAAGUCCUCGAACCACAUAUCUGGCCGAUCUUGGAUUUUCUACGCAUUCCACUACCCAGACAACUUCGGUACUUGCGACGAGGAUGGCACUAUAAAGCCAAAGCCAAUUUCCACCACGAACUUGGCCCAUCCUAUGCUUUAGUCACGCCUCGUCAAGUAUAUGUCCAUACAUGCGACGCAGAAGCAAUCCACUACGUCUUUUCCCACCGCAAAGAGUUUCCGCGGACCCCUGAGCAAUAUGAGGUUCUCGCAGUUUAUGGUCCGAGUCUUUCAACGGCGCAACCGGAAGAUUGGGCACGUCACCGAAAGGCCGUGGCACCAUCGUUCAUGAACGAGACCAUCAUGCGAAAUGUAUGGGAGGAGUCGAUUCGCCAAGUACGUCAGAUGAUCGAUAUCUGGAUCAACGACGGGGUGUCCAGUGUCGAAAGAGACACGCGCACGCUUUCCCUGAACGUUCUGGCAGCCAUCGGGUUCCGGCAAUCGUUUGAUUUUCGCUCCACCUCUGAAGAGUCCAUGGAACCGGAUGGGAAAUUCUCCUAUCGUGAUGCUCUAAAAAUUGUCCUGGACAACGUAAUCCUCAUAAUGCUCAUCCCGCGAAAACAUCUGCGAUAUAGUUGGCUGCCUGCUAGCCUGCAACGGAUAGGAAAGGCUGCAGCGGACUUUGGCGUUCAUAUGCAGGAGAUGGUCAACAAGGAACUUGCGAAACUGAACAGCGGAGAUAAGGGCAGCGGCACUUUGGUCACGUCUUUCGUGCAAGCCAUUGACGCUCAUCAAAAGGAUAAAUCGAAAGGCAUCUCCGUGGAUGAGCUCCUAGGAAAUCUUUUCAUCAUAAACUUCGCAGGGCACGAUACCACUGCGAAUACACUGGCUUUCGCGAUGCUGUUACUGGCCGCAUAUCCGGAAGUGCAGGAUUGGGUUGGCGAAGAAAUGAUGAGGGAAACUGGACAUCUUGCUGAUGACGAGCUGGACUACAGCAUCUUUGCCAAGUUGUUGAGAUGUCGAGCAGUCAUGUACGAGACCUUGCGACUCUACCCGCCUGUCAUGUCGCUUCCAAAGCAAACGCUGAAACCGCAAAUCUUGCACACGAGUAAUGGUCCAGUCCGCAUACCUCCUGACGUCUCUAUCAACUCCCAGGUACUGGCAGUGCAGACGCACCCGAAAUACUGGCCUGAUGAGCCUUUGAAAUGGAAGCCUACCCGAUGGAUUAUUCCAAAAAAGCCUGCAGGCGAGGGAAAGCUUCCGGCGGAGGACUUUUUCACGCCUGCUACCGAUACGUAUUUCCCUUGGAGUGACGGACCGCAAAACUGCCCCGGUUUAAAGUUCUCCCAGGUCGAGUUUGUGGCUGUUUUGCUUUACCUUCUCAGAAAACACCGGAUUCAUGGAAUUAAGAAUCCGAACGAGAGCGACCUGGAGUUGCAGAAACGCAUCUUGAGCGUUGUGGAAGACUGCACGGCCGUGAUGCUGUUGAAGAUGAGGGAUCCGGAUAGGGUAAAGGUUGGCCUGCGCCCAGUCUCCUGAACUCAUGCCUAACGAAGAAGGUAAUCCAAAGGAAAAUUGUCGAGGUAGGCAGUAGAGAUACACGUAAUAACGUAAUAUGGCUACAAGACUGUGGGCAUUACACGUCCGCCCGAAGACCACCCUACACUUCCUCCGUGGCUUAAACUACCAGUUCGGCGCAACAUACUUGGCUAAAUCUAGUUAAGUUAUUGGAAACCUAGGCUGCUGCAGCUUCAUGCAGAGGCGGACUUAAGCUGAUUACGACCUGUCUCAUAAACGUGCGACUCUUAGCUCUUCAAUCAAAGUGGAACGCAGUACGCUUUUAUGUAGCUAACUGAGCCUUGUUUCGUUACUAGGGUAGCGGUAGAGAUCGCAGGGCCCAACGCAUCGUUUGUGCGAGCGUAUGGUCGGCUCUAUGGAAGAAUUACCUGUGUUAU